AUGGCGCAGACACCCUUGGCGCCUAUCACAACCCCGGCAGGCACGUGGACCCCCUUCCCGGCUCUCGUGCCGACGCCUAUCGUCCAAGCCCCCGCCUGCGGCGCGUUGACCCCGGUCUCGAUGAUCGGGCAUACGAUCCACAAUCCGACGACUCCAGGCUCAUGGACAUGGCACCCGCAUCCGCUUCCCCACCCAUCCAUCCCUGCGCCCGUAUUCUGGAGUAACAUACCCGGAACGCCCUUCGCCGCGCCGAUACCCGUCACCCCCGCCAUUCCCCCUACCAUCCUCCUAACGGGCGGCCAUCCUCUGCCUGGCACGGUCCCGCAGUGGUUGCCCCCCGCCUGGCCCCCCACCAGCGUGCCCGAUCCCGUCCGCCCUGUGGUUAACCCGCACGUCAUCCCCAGCCCGGCGGACGCGUACACCCCGCAGCUCAUGUGGGACCUAGCACAGAUGCCAAGCAUGGCGAGGCGCCUUACAGGCAACCACAUCUACAAGUCGCUGGGAAAGAUGGAGAAUGAGCAAGUCGUGUGGCCCAAGACCGAGACCGUGCACAUCACUACGUGGUUCACCGGGCGCACCGAUUGGGGUCCAAUCGUAGCGAGGAACUCCAAGGGGGUCACCGUGGGCAACCUGCUAUGGGCUAUCUACACGUACUUCCAAGAGAAGAUCACUUCGGUGGCUUAUAGCAUCAUGCUGUCGCAGGAGGACUUGGACACGUUGGACCGACACGUUGGGCCGGAUGCAAGGACUACCAUUCAAGCUGCGAUGGUAGAGCGAUGUUGCAGGGCGGAAUCCGGUGGGCUACCUGAAUAUGAAUGGGCCCAAGGGAUUCGACGCGUAGAUUGUCUCAGCGUCGCCGGCGGCCGGAUAUGGUGGGGCGUCUAUCUGAACUUGAAUACCAGCCCUGGGCGGUGGUAUUUGCACCUCUCGACGCUUCCGAAAGCGGGCCGAUGA